AUAUGGUAUAAGGUGUAAUGGUGGAAAAUUAAUGCUCACUGCUACAGCACAGGUUCACACUAUAGCCUCCAGUCACUAAGUUUAUUACAUGGUGCAAUUUAUUUUGCAAAAUCACAAUCAUUUCUUUUAGCCACAAGAAAUUGACAGUGUGAGCCUGACCUUUCUUAACCAGCUUUAAUGAUAACUGAAACACUGUUUUUUCAGUUCAUAGUCUUGAGAAGACAUGGCAUUGCGCAUGAAAGGACGAAGUGGUUAUCCACCAGACCAACAGGAAUAUGACAUAUUUUGGACAGAAUAUAGGGCCAUUGAGGAGAGUCGGAUUCCAGUAGCUGACGAGGAUCAUGAUGAUGAACACACUAAAGAACCUCAAGGAGGUACAAACUUAAGUCAAUAUUUUAUUCAUGUGACUGGCAAGGAGUAAUAAAUAGACAUGUUGUGUUACACACAGUUUGCUUCAAAGGUCCUAUACACUGCCUCAAGUUAGACAAUUUUGGGCAGGUAUAGCAUAUGCAAGUUAUUCAUUAAAGUUCACUGUUUUUACAUUAUCUCUAUGAUAAUUAAAAUUUGUUAUGCUUAGCAAUGAUUAAUGCUAUUUGUCCCUCUUUGUGUUUGUUUAGGGAUUGAAAAUGCUAUACAACAAUGAAAUCUGGUCAGCAGUCUGCAAACUUUUGGGGAAAUGCUCGCAACUGUAAAAUCUGUUACUAACUAAACUUUCAUUGUAGACUAAGAUAUCCAUUUUACUACUUAAAGUUUCUCUCACAUCACUAAUCCUUAAGAAUAUGUGUCUUCUCCAAUCUACAGAAUGUGAACAGGAACUACAGUGGCUCAAAGAAGCUGGAUUUGAUACCAUUGUAAAGAAAUAUAGAGGUAUAUGUUAACCAACUUCAGUUUAGUAUUUGCUGAAAAAUCAGUGCAGAAUAUUACUGUUGUUAUUACAUUAUACUGUAUAUUCUAUAGACUCUCUAUUAUGGUGUCUGGUCUUGGUGAUGGACAAAAUGCUGAUCCCCAGUCCAUGGAUUACCCUAAUGGACUACCCAGAAGGACUACCCCAGCAGUGCUUGUAAUUAAAAAAAAAACCAAGUUGUCCCUAUUUCAAAUGCAAGACAACCUAACCCCUGGCUCUGGUCCUCAUGAUGAUGGCUUGGUUGCCUAUAAAAUAUUGUAUAAUUUGUUUAAUAGUUAUAUCAGGCCCCCUAAGAUAAAAAGAAAAUGUACAAUGACUUACUUAGAGUAAGUCCUUUAAAAAACAGUAGUCUAUUAUAUUAUUACUAAAUAAUAGCUGGGUUUACAAACUUAUAAUUAAGUAUCAACAAUUUUAAUGGAAGCUGGCUUGCUUCUCUCUGACAGCCAUGGUAUUUAUUGGAAUUUUCCUCCCUAUAAAUGUAUAUUUGAUGAUAUUUGACAACUUUGAAAGUACUUUCCCCAAUGCUUCAGAAAAGAAAUGACUACCUGCUUGCAAUCCUAUUUUGGGGAGGCCUGGGUUUGAAGGUUUAGUGGUUUUCAGCAUUGGUCAAUGAACAAAAACACCAGAUUUAAAUCUUUUAUAUACCAGUCCAGAAUUCUGUUGUGCCAUAAGUAUCAUUCAGCUUCUUAAGUACAUUUCAUAUCAUUCAUUUCAAUUGGUGAUUCCACAUUCCUAAACUAUAAGGAAAUUGGAGUAAAAGGUAUGAAUGAUUGAAUCUUUUUCAACAGAUAGCAAAGAAAUUGAUCAUAAUGAUGUAGAUUUUGAGAAGAUCACUGGUUCCCUUACAAGGAAACAAGCGGAAGCUGUCAGAAAAAGAAUAGACACCUUAAACCAAAGUACCAAGAGAAAGUUAGGUGUGUGUGUGGCCCAGCCAGCCAAACAUUCCGACAGUAACUAUCCAACAGAUGUGAGAACAAUUUUUCCAGUAAAAACUUGCGGGCAGCCCAGUAAUGUAGAGCAGAUACCCACCACAUCAAGGCCAUCACUGCUCAGAAAGUCUUACAGUGAAGGAAUACAUGUGCAGAAGUCACAAUCAUUUAAGAAUGGAGCAAGGGACAAUGAAUUUGCACAAACCACAUGUAGGCUUUCGCAUUCAGCUGGCAUGCUUUCAUUUCCAACAGUGGGUAAAGAGUUAACAGGGCUUCAUUUGCAUCCAGGACAUGCAGUGGUUCCUGAGAGAAGAUCUAGCGAUGAAUCUCGCUAUCGUAAAGGUAAACUCUUUAUAUGAUUAUCCCCCUAGUUUGGCAAUACAUACUGGAUAUCGAACAAGACUUACCAAAGCAUAUGCCAGCCAAGUAAAAUUACCAUUUAAUUUAAAGUCUGCUCAAUUUCUGAGAUAACACAUGUUUCAAAUUCUUGUUUGGUGUCAAUUCUUUGCUUCUCUUCUACUCUGUUCUGAGCAAAAUUUGCUGGGUUUCAUCAGUUGCUCCCUAAAUAACCCUGUUAUGUCAACAUUAUUAUUAUUAAUAAAUAAUCUGCAUGUCACUCAUUAGUUUUUUUCCUAAGCCAGGAUACAUUCUAGUCAGGCAAGUAUAAAAAUGGUCUUUGUUAUAUUAUUAUAAAUAAUCUGCCUGUCGUUCUUUUGUUUUUCCCUAAGCCCUCACAGAUUCCAGUUAGGCAGGUGUAAAAAUGGAAAAUGGUCUUUUAUUAUAUCAUUAUAAUAACCUGCUCAGCAGUUAUUAGUUUGUCCUUAAGCCCUGACACAUUCUAGUCAGGCAGGUAUAAAAUUAAUGGUCUAAUCUGUAAAUUACAGGAUUCCAGCAAGUAAAGCAUCCCCAUGGGGGAUCUGUAUUUUAUUUGACUGGAACAACAAAACAAGAGCUGUUCCACACUGCCGAAAAAACCAAAGAGUCAUGCGUGGAUGAGAUAAUUAAUGCUGAUCUUAAAGGUCUAAGUGUAUCACCACCUGAUUCCAGCCCAGACUGUUUUCAUGAGGUUCCUGUUGACUGUCCUGAGGAGAUUCCAGUCGAUGUUCCUCCAGACAGGGUUCAUGGAAAACCAGUAAGAGUUAAAAUGAGUAAGACCCUAACUUUGAACAGCAUGGCCAAACAGCUUUUCUAGUUUAAAUUAAAGGAUAACAAUAUUGUACUGUCUGUUCUCCCUCUAAGGUUAAGGACCCCACCAAAGAAGUUUUAGUAUAAGACUGACAAGCAUCUUAAUGAUGUAGGAGAACAUGUUUUUUUAUUUGUUGGCACAGAAUGGGAAAAUAAUCUGCAAUGAGAAGCCUUUCAGGGAACCACAAUUUCCACGAUUACCAGUAAGCUUUUUUUAUGUUUUUUACAUACAAGGAUACAAAUAAAUCUGGAAUACAAAGUCUGCCAAGUGUAGCUGCAAUGUCUUGAGAAUAAUUACCCUUUUUGAGCCAGAUAUAUGCAAAAGCUAUGUUGCUACUAUUUUUAUUAUUACUAUGUCAGACUAUUUUUUAGCUAUGUUUGCUAAAUAGUGCCCAUGUAUUGCCUAUGAAACAUGUCACAAGCCUAGAACAAAGAAAAAAUUCUGAAUCCCCACGUGGAAUCAAACCUCAGACCUUUGGAUUCUGAGCUCCGAUACUCUACCACUGAGUCCCAGAUACUCUAUGGUGAACAAGGCCCAUCGGAGCACAGAAUCCAAAGGUGUGAGGUUUAUUUCUAAAAUUACUGUGUUAAGCACUGAAAAAUAAAUUGAACCUAUGCACAUAUUGUGUAGGAAAUUUUCACAUAGUUUUAAAAGAGCAUAAGGAAUUUCAAUAAGUAGUAAAGUAAAUUUAAUUUGGUUGUAGUUUUAUGGUUUUUCAUGGUUGAAUGUAUUUGAAUACUAACUUGUUUAUUUGUGAAGAGCCCUUUAACAACACAAAUUGAAGCAAUGGACUCAGAGCCAAAUUCCUUUCAACCAAACAAACCAAACAUACUUCUAAUAUUUUUAAUACAAUUUCUGUACACAGAACUUUACACUCACAAAAGAUGAACUGGGUGUGACAAGUGUAGGAGAUAUCUCCUUACAGGAUAUGGAAAAAGUGCGGUCCCUGUCACUCAUAGAACUCACAGCACUGUUUGAUUCCCAUGGACUGGCCCUUCACAGACGGAAGCCAGUCAGGAGAAGAGUUAGAGGUAUGGAAUAUUGUCCAGUGAAACAAAAAAUUGGCUUGAUUUGUUAUGAUUCCUUGUUAUCAGUACACCUCUGCCAAAGAGACAGACAGGCAGACAAACAGCUAGAGUUGUCAUGAUUUACUACAAUUCUACAGAAGGUAGAUUCCUUUGCACUCCGUGUAUUGCAACAAUAGCUGCCAUUUGGCAUGCAAAUAUGUAGGAAUAUUUAUUUGGGAACAGUUUUCUGACAGAGGAGCUGAAGGAAAACUGUGAGCUUUGAGGAACAGAUAAUGUUCAAGGACAAACAUACAAGCAUAUUUUUGCACCAUAUGUGGGGAAAAAUGUUUAAGAACAGCUUACUGUUUACUGCAUACUCUCUGAUAUGAAUUUAUGAACAUGAAAAAACAUUGAACAACCACACAAUGCUAUCUUAUGUUAGGUGAAAUUUUAAGCAGAUUUUUCCAUAUUGGAUACAUGUAAGGUUUGAAAAUUGGGAAUAUCAGUAGGGGUAUGUCCUUGGAUAUCCCCCAAUUUGAGUUGGGAGACAUGUUGUCAUGCGAUGUGUUUAAACCAAUUGCAUGCAAGCAAAAUAUUUGUUGGAUUAUAAUCCUCCUCAUUGUUGUUACUAUUCAUUAUAAUAAUUCUAAUUUGUUAUCUCAGAAUCAGGAAUCUUUGGGGUGCCACUACAGAAUCUACUUCAAGAGGACAAAUUGAAGAAUGAGAAAGUAGUAGUUCCUUCCUUUUUUACUGAGGUAAAUUGAUUACAGAUCUCUUAGCUUUGUAAAGGUUAAUAUUCAGAUCUAAUUUCAGACUGCAUUUGAAGCACUUUAUUUCUGUUUUUCAUGUGGCUGGUGUUAAAUUUCUUUCAGCUCAUUAGACAAUUGGAGUCAAGAGGUAUGUUGACCUGUCUGCAUUUUGAUACUCUUAUUAACUCUCUGUUACUGUGUCAUCUCCUCCUCAUUACUUUGGAAUAGCCUCCACCAAAAGUGGUGGAAGAGUGUUUGCAUUCCUUUUUUUGUGAACUAAAUGUUAGGGCCAUGUGCCUUGAGUUUCUUGUGGUGUAAUUCAAUUAUUUUUUAGAAUUUUUAUUGUAUACUUAAGUCAUAUUGUCAUGGUCAGUUAAAGGGCUGUCACAACUUAACCUUGUUGUAAUUGACAUUUUUUCAGUUAAAUUACUUUGCAUUAGUAGAUGAAUCUCUAUAAUAAUUAUUUUUCACAGGGCUAAAGGAAGAGGGAAUCUUGAGAGUUCCUGGAAAUUCAGGAAGAGUUAAGGUAUUAGUGACUUUUGUUCUGCUUCUUUUCUUUUUUUAAAUUUGCUUUACAGUCAUCAAAACCUGUGUCAUAUAGUUAAGUAUGGCUGGAUCUUUUUACAGGCACUAAGGGAAGAAGUGGAGGAAAAGUUCAAUGAUGGGUACUUUACAUGGGAUGACAGAAGACCUCAUGAUUGUGCAGCUUUGCUUAAACAGUUCUUGAGGUUAGGGUUUUUAGUGGUUGAAAUGUUAGUGUUCUAGAUUACCCUGAGUUAUGGAGAUGUUCCCUUUCCAUUCCAGAAUUUAACAAAAAUAUUCUGAAUGGUUACUUCUCAAAAUUUCACUUUUAAUGAUCAUGUAUGACUACAAUCCCAUCAAAUCUCUUGAACAAACCUGCCAAAAAAAUUCCUGUUCAUUAAGGUAAAGUAGGAAUAUUCACUAAUAACCUUCAAAAUUUUUCUGUGUCCGUUUUGUAUUAAAUUCAAAAGUUGUUAUUGUAUCCUAACAGGGAACUUCCUUUUCCUCUUUUAACUCAAGAAUAUCAACCAACAUUUGCAUCAGUAGAAAGUGAGUGGUGAUUCAUAAUGUCACUUAUAGGCUAAGUAAAAGUAAUAAUUUAUUUAUUGUCCAUAGUGUGGGAAGUGGUUGCCCAAUCUUCUGAGCAGGGAAGCUCAUGUAUAAAAUGCUCAACAAAAAGAAAAAAUAUAAGUUAAAAAAUUAGGUAAAAAUAAAGCACAAAUUAUAUAAGAUUGUAUAUAGAUAUGUGAGGAUCUUCAUAGAGUUUCUGAAUGUAUCAAGACUAUCAAAAGGAUAUAUUAACAAUGAAAAUGAUGAAUAUAAUUCACAGGCAGGAGUGACACAAGCACCCUUUAAUUUUAGUCUGCUUACUAAUAGUUAAUAUAUCUUACUGCCUUCACACUUGCCUUGCUCUCAACAUUUGGCAUUUUGGCUGAGUUGGUACAGAGUUGUGGCAGCCAUUCACAAUGUGUGAGUUACAGGUUUGAGUAUGGUGCAAGCCAAAAAUAUUUUUUUGCCAUCCUACGUGAAAGAAUAGAUUCGUCCCUUGACAAAAACUGGUCAAAUAUGAUGCAAUCAAGAGAUAUUAAAAGUUACUGAGCUCGGUUAUAGGAAACAGAGAAACCUUUCAUUUGUGGCUUGACAAAUACAAAAUGUAUCUAAUCUGGCUCACAAUAUUUAAAAUUUUUUUUCAGGUAUACCAGAUAGAAAGCAACAGCUUCAGGCAUUGAAUCUGCUUAUUAUGUUGUUGCCUGCAGUUCAUCGGGACUGUCUAAAAGUAAGUUGUUGAGUUAUGAGCAUUUACAAAGUGGUUAAAUUUUAAGGCAGAAAAAAAAAAAGACUACCAGUCAUAGUGCCUGAUGUAGAGAGAAAAUUGUUAAUGAAGCUCUUAGAAGUUUGUGUUCUCAGUGCAGUACAUUAUUGUAAACAUGUUCUCGUGUUGCUUGAAGAUGUUUGGUUUGCAGUCUCUUAAAUACAGUAUUUCAACAAGGUUUAUAACCAGGAAAAGUAAAUUUUUCUUAUAGAUCCUUGUUCACUUCCUAAGUGGAGUUGUUGCCCAAGAAAAACAUAACAAAAUGGGCUUAAACAGUGUGGCUAUGAUUGUGGCUCCAAAUCUGUUCAUUUGUUCAAACAAGUCUCAGCCAUCUUUACAAGAAAUCAAACAAGCUCAAGGCACUGUCAACAUCGUUAGAAUGUUGAUCAAGUAUCAAGCAAUUCUAUGGACAGUAAGUUCGUUACUACUCAGUGAGUAUGAAUAGUGACAUAUGUUAUCUAAAACCAAUAGGGUGAUUUGUUAUAAUCAUGGUCAUAUUACUCUUGUGUUCAAAAAGCUGGUUUUACACAUAAAAAUGAUUCAUUGAGGAUUAAGGUGAAGCAAAUUGGUUGAGUAUGACACUGUCCAUAUAGAAAAGAGUCAAACUUGUCCUUAACAGUCUCCUCUGACACUAGGGGGAAGAGAGUUGACCUCCCAACAAUGAUAUAGGGGUUCAGUAAGACUGAACGUUUGGUGAGUUUUACUCUGAUCUAUGUAUGUGGCAUCACAAAGGAGAAGGUGAAUAGAUGGGUAGAAGCAAUAAGGUUGGUAGAGAUUUACUUGGAUAGUGUAGAACAAAUUUUUUUGUACACGUUUCAUUUCUGCUCAGAUUCCUGGAUUCAUGGUGAUGCAGGUUCGUUAUCUCUACGAAGCUGAAGGGAACAAGAAAGCCAAAGAUGCUAAGGCGGUGGGUGUCUUUACUUCAGUGUCUAAGAGACAGUUGGCUUGAAGUUAGGGGUUGUUAAUUCGAGAAGAAUUCGUAUGAAGAAUAUCAAAUUUAACUGAUUAAAGAACAGUCCCACAAAAAGUUCUACAUGUCUUUUUGAGCAUAUAUUGUUGUGAUUGACAGGUCAAGAAGUUAUUAGCUAAACGUGCACGAAGUGAGGGAAUGGGUGGAUCUCCUCAGAAGAAACACUCAACUGGAGGAGAUUCUCCUCUUGUCUCUAUGGAUGUAAGUGUCAUCAAAUAAUUACUGCAGCUGUAGACUGUCUUCAUGCAUGUAGCACAUCAAUUUAGAAGAUUGCUACUUCUUCCAGAGAUGAUGAAGACUCAGAGCUGUGUACUAAAAGGUUCAGGGCAAAGAAUUUACUGCAAGUAAUUAAUUUUUGUUUGUCUCGGAUUCGUUUAUCCUCAGAUGGAUCAUUUUCAGUUGAUUAAUAUGUUAAUAUUUAGUAACAACUAAAACAAUCCAUUUUGUUUGUCGUAGUCUGAUCAUGAAAACAACAUAAUAAGAGUGCAGGCACCAAUGCUGAACAAAGUUCUCAUGGCAAUUCAGCUGACUGAGUUCAUGCGUGCUGGUCACAUUGUCUCCAAGUUCCGUCGGCGAGCAUCUCCAUCAGAAAGCCCAGAUAAAAGCUCCAAAUUUUUAGAAUCAUCAUCCAGCAGUUCUUAUCGCAAUUGUGUCAACCCUCAUAACAACAACAGAUAUGCGUCUGAUAACUUUUUUCUCUUUGAGGCCGGCGGGAACAUUGGUACUAUGCAGUUUCUUAGCUUGUUUAGUCAUUAUUCUACUUGUAAAUAGUUUGCCAGUUACUAACUGAGACUAAGACAACUAUUUUCAAUUGAUAACUGCAUGCAUGUCUGUUUUUUAUGCCAUGUGACAGUCUUCACAUUCAGCAAAAUUGUGUUGUUGUGUGUCUACUUGUACGCACGUCCGUUUUUUAAGUGGCUCAACAAACACCUUAUAUUUGACUUUUUAAGCCAUAUUUAGGGGUUUUAGCCAUUCUUGUACACGCGUUAAUCUGUAGUACACAUAGAUAUGUGUGUAAAUGUAAAUAUUUUGUUUAUUUGUAUUUAUGAAUGUUUCUAAUUUGAUUGACAGGUGAGCGCUGCCUUGAUAAUGAUACUAAUAUGAUGGCCUUACUGAAAGUCAACCCGCAUGCAGAGUGGAUUGUUAAACCUCGUGAUUAUUACCUUAACCUGUAGAAAAGCUAGCAAAAAGUUUUAUUCCUUGUUAGAUUUACUGAAUUGUUGUAUAGAAAGUGUCUAGCAAGUGAUGUAUAAUCAAAUUACCUUGCUGGAUCAUUUGCAUUUAUAUUUUUAUUAGUCUGAAAUAUUCUGCGGAAAACUCUAAUAUUACUGCUGGUGGAAAGUUAAUUAUUAGAACUUUACAAAAUUAUUACAUAAGUUGUUUAAUUAAUUGAAUACACUAGUGUUACUAAUUUAUUCAAAUGAGAGUGAGAGAGAAAACGUCAUAAACAGUUUUUAAAAAAAAUGAUUGUUCCAUUCUAAGGCAGUAUGCUUAUUUAUUUUAAUGAUUUAUAAUGAAUUAACGGAAAGGAAAACAGUGAUGUAAUAUACACUGUAGUUGAGUCUAUCUUUUAACGUUCUAAUAAGUUAAUUAUUUAUAAGGAGAACAAUUAUCUGUUUUAAAAAGAUGUUCUUGGUAAUAGUCGGCUUGUUUGCUCUCAUUUUUCAAACAAAAGUUAACAAGUUUUGUACCGUUCACCAAAGUUAGAAUCAUUUUUGAAAUAUUAAAAAUUUGUACUCUCCAAGUGAAGCAAAUCAAGUACUUAUAUUUCUACUCCAAGUUUCUUACCCUCAGC